AUGGCACAUAGUGCUAAUGAUGUUAAUGGUCAUGUAAGCAAAACUAUAAUUCUUCCUUCAUCAUUUACUGGUUCACCUAGGUAUAUGCAACAAUGUUAUCAAGAUGCUAUGGCUAUUGUAAAUGAAACAGGUAAACCUGAUAUUUUUCUCACAAUGAUAUGCAAUCCAAAUUGGCCAGAAAUAUCAGAAAAUGUAUUGCCAAGUCAACAAGCAUCUGACCGGCCAGAUAUUGUAGCAAGAGUUUUUGAUUUGAAAAAAGAUCAUUUACUCGAUAUGGUUGUAAAGAAAAGUUUCUUUGGUAAAGUUGCAUCUUACGUAUAUGUCAUUGAAUUCCAAAAAAGGGGAUUACCGCACAUGCAUUUAUCGAUUAUAUUAGAACAAGGGUACAAAAUAACUACGUCUGAUAUAGUUGAUACAUUUAUAUCAGCUGAAAUACCAAUUAAAAUAAGAAAUCCACGUCUAUACGAUAUCGUUAUAAGAAAUAUGGUUCAUGGACCUUGCGGUAAUUGGUGCAUGAAAGAGGGCAAAUGUUCAAAAAAUUUCCCUAAAGAGUUUCAGCAAGAGACUACUAUGGAUGAAAAUGGUUAUCCGUAUUAUCGUAGAACCGAUACCGGCACUUCUUACAAAUGUCCUAAUGGGCAUAAAAUAGAUAAUAGAUGGGUGGUUCCAUAUUGUGCUAAAUUAUUACUAAUUUUCGAUUGCCAUAUUAACGUGGAAAUAGUUUCAAGUAUUAAAGCUGUGAAAUAUUUAUACAAAUAUAUCUAUAAAGGUCAUGAUGCUGCUACCGUAGUAAUUGGUCAGGCAGAAAAUGGUGCCACUAUUGAACAUGAUGAAUGUCGUAAUUUUAUUGAAACACGUUAUGUUGGUCCUGUGAAAGCAUGCUAUCGAAUUUUAAGUAAAACACUGCAAGAUAAAAGUCACAGAGUCAUAAGAUUACCAAUACACUUACCUAACGAACAAUCUGUAAUAAUUACACAGAAUGAAGAUGAAGCUUCAUUGAUAAACUGUUUAAAUAAUUCCAGUAGUAUGUUGCUUGAUUAUUUCACUUUAAAUGCAACAAAUGAAACAGCAAGACAAUAUUACUAUCCUGAAAUACCUAAAUAUUUUACCUACAAGAAAAGAAAAAUUAAUGGUAGAAUGUUUUCAGUAAGUCCAAUGCAAAUUGAAUUAUUUCAUUUAAGAUUACUUUUACUUCAUGUGAAAGGAGCUACAAAUUAUAACGACUUAAAAACAGUAGAUAAUGAAUUACAUCCUACUUUCACAUCAGCCUGUUUAGCAUUAGGAAUUAUUGAAGAUGACGAUGAAUGGAACAAAGCUAGGAGAGAAGCAGUUACUUGGAUGAUGCCAAAACGUUUGAGACAUUUAUUUGUUCUUAUAUUAUUACACUAUCAACCUAUUUAUCCAGAAAAAUUAUGGGAAACAUUUAAAGACGCGAUGUCUGAAGAUUUUUCACGUAAUAAUGAAUUGAAUAUCAGUUACCAAAUGGCCUAUUCUAAAAUAAAUGAUAUUUUGAUAAAAGAAGGAAAAAGUUUAGCUGACUUUCCGACAAUGAAUCAAAAUGUUAUGAUUCAGAUAAUGAUCGACACUAAUGAUACCGAUGAGAGAAAUCAUCGAUUACAAAUUGGUAAUGAACAAUAUCAAAAAUUAAAUGCUCAACAAAAAGAAAUAGUUGAUAAAACUAUUGAAGCAUCACGUUCUGAUAAUUAUACUGGGCCAACUUGCUUUUACAUAGAUGGACAAGGAGACAAUAUUAAAUGUUCUACAAUGGCAUAUACUGGUAUUGCUGCAACAUUGCUGCCUCACGGAAAAACAGUACAUAAAACUUUUGGGUUACCAGUUCCUAUGUUUCAUGAUUCAUCUUCUAAUAUUAAAAUACAAUCUAAUGAAGCCCCGAUGGCUCCAAGAUACGCUUUGGAAAUAGUUAACAGAACAUUACAAAAUUUGAUGGACAAUGAUUUACCAUUUGGUGGAAAAAUAAUGAUUUUAGGUGGUGACUUUAGACAAUUGCUUCCUAUAAAGAUUCAUGGAACGCGUAAUGAAAUUUUAAAUUUAUCUAUCAAAAACUCGCAAUUAUGA